UAUUUAGUGAUUAUGAAGUAAUUACUGUAGAAGUAAUCCAUCCUGCCUCUAAGAGAUCUGGGAUAGAGACUAACCAACCAAGUUUAUUAAAUUUUAAUGCUCUGGGUCAGGAUUAUUCUCUUCAACUCCAUAAAAAUAGGGAUUUAUUGGCCCCAUUUGCAGUUGUUGGAAAACGAGGAGCAGGCAAGGAAAAUGACGAGCGUGUGCCAAUAAUAGAUGUGACUAAUAUUGAAGAACCACUUUGGUUAGAUUGGGAUGAUAUUGACUUUGGUAAUAUGACCGGCCAUAUGGAGGAUCAUAAUGACAGGGAUAUGUCAAUGGAUGAGUUGGUUAUGGAUAGAAAAGUUGAAGACGAAGCAGAUUGCCAUUAUUUACACAAUGGAGAUAAUAUUGUUGCCUCUGUAUCUUUGUGUGAUGGUCAAACCCAUGGUCUUGUGAUUGGGCAGAAUAACUCUUUAGAAAUCCUACCCCUCAACCACAGACUUAAAAGAAUGCUUGACAUGUGGCAGGAUGAAAAUAAGACAAUAAAUAAUGGAGUAAGAACAAGAGAACCAAGAAACUUCCAUCUUGUUAAGCGAACAACAAAGCAUGAAACAAGACCAUAUCUGGACGUAGUAAAGGAGAUGUUUUCUGAUCAAGAUAACUCUAUGGAUGAAUUUGAAAUGGACAAGACAGUAGUUCCUCAGAUGGUUAAUCAAACAAAUACAACAACAGAGGAGGGAGAUACUAUUCAACAAGUUAAAAGAGAUCCAUCUUAUGCUAAGAGAUCUGGAAGUGAAAAGGUAAUUGAAACAGCUCUAUUUCUGGAUUCAGCUGCCUACUACAGAUUUUCCGACUAUUUCAAAUCUAUUGGUAUCGCGGACUAUGAUAAAGAAAUCAGACGUUUUGUUUUGGGAUAUAUGAACGGUAUUCAAGCUCUGUACAUGCUUCCCAGCCUUGCUCAGACAAUCAAGUUUACAAUCGUUAGAUUAGAGCUUUGGGAAAGAGAUCAGAUAAACACAUAUCAGGGUGACAGAGCACCCUUGUUGGAUUCAUUCUGUGAUUUCCAGCAUAAAGCUAAUUCUCAAGAUGAUGGUAACCCAGGACACUGGGAUCUAGCACUGUUUGUUUCUGGACUUAACUUCUAUGCUCUUGAUCCAAACGGACAACGCAAUAUGGUCACCAUGGGACUUGCCAGGGUUGGUGGAGUUUGUCAGAGUCCUCAUGCUUGUGUUAUCGGAGAACUAGGUGUUACAACAAACACUGGGAAACCAUAUCCUUCAGCAGGAUUUACAGCUGUAUAUGUUAUGGCACAUGAAAUUGGACACUAUCUGGGAAUGAGCCAUGAUGGUGCUGCUGGAUGUGCUAGGGAUGGAUUUAUUAUGUCAGAAUCUAGAGGAACCAAUGGUGAGAACAGAUGGUCUCAAUGCAGUGUUAACUCUCUUCACAAAUAUGAAGGGGAGGGUAGACUCUCCUGUCUUAAUGAUAACAAUGGCAAAAAGGAAGAGGUUCUUGGUAUGGAGUCAAAUCAAUAUCCCGGAGAAACCUGGACAGCAACUGCACAAUGCCAAAUAUUCCUCCUGGAUAAUAAUGCUCAUAUUGAUCAUACAGCAUCAGAUUUUCAGGACAUGUGUUACUCCAUCAAGUGUCGAACCUCUAAAAGAGAAGGAUAUUACAAGGCAGGUCCUGCUCUUGAAGGAACAGCAUGUGGAGAAGGAAAAUGGUGUAGACAUGGUGAAUGUGUUGUAAAUGAUAAACCAAAGGAAGAUGAGUAUAUUGCACCGGGUCAAUGGUCAGAUUGGGUCUACUCAAGAUGUCAAUCAGGCUGUACGUCAAACAGCUAUGGGGCCAGCCUUGGUGCCAAGAUUAAACAGCGUUCUUGCCAGCGAGGUAGACUCGUUCAUACCUUGGAGGGUUGUAAAGGUCCUACUACUGGAAUUGAGUUUUGUGAUGAUGGGUCUAUUUGCUCAUCAAGAGUUGAUACCACCAAGUAUGCCAGUGAGCAAUGCAGUAUUUUCUCCAGCUAUGUCCCUGACAUUGACAAAGCAGGAAUAGGAACUCAAAUUAAAUACUCCGACAAAUGGACUUGGCAUUCCUGUGCUAUUUUCUGCAAGAAGACGAAUGGUGGAUGGUACACACCUAGACUAGAGUUAAAUGAUCUACCCCAGCUCUCAGCAUACUUCCCUGAUGGAACUCCUUGUCACCAGGAGGGAAACAAACUUUUUUAUUGCCAGAAAAAUGAAUGUUUAGAGCGGGAUAGUCGAGGAGGAAAGAGUGAUACUCCAGAUCUCCAGAUAUUCUCAAAUGCUGCUCCAGAGGGAGAUGGGGAGAGGGAUGCUCCUCAAGAGUUGAAAAAAUAUUUCUCCCUUGAUGCUGACCUAAACCCUGUGGCUGGUGGUGAGUAUUCUGGUCUCCAAGGUCAUGAAGAUGAUGAUACUGCCUGGGAUGUUAUUGAUUAUGUUGAUUAAGAUUGAGAACUGUUUCGGGGAAAAUUAUCAAUUUGAAAUCAUGAAUUUUAAAACAGAUUUAUUUCGCACAAAAUUAAAAAAUUAAAUUUAAGAA